AUGCAAUUCUCUUCCGCCGCCGUUGUCGCCACCGCCGCCGCCGUUGUCGCCGCCACCAACACCACCACCGUCAAGAAGGACUCCACCACCUUGGUGACCAUCACCUCUUGCGAGUCCCACGCUUGCUCCGAGUCUGUCUCCCCAGCCUUGGUGUCCACUGCCACCGUCACCAUCAACGACGUUGUCACCCAGUACACCACCUGGUGCCCAUUGCCAACCACCUCCGGCUCUGUCGCCAGCUCCAGCGCUGCCAAGACCACCUCCGCUGCCCCAGCCUCCACCAACGGUACCGCUGUUGUCUCCAAGUCUUCCACCGUCUCCGUCUCCUCUUACACUGGUGCUGCCGCUAAGGCUUUGCCAGCUGCUGGUGCCUUGGUUGCCGGUGCCGCUGCCUUGUUGUUGUAA